AUGGACUCGAGGCAGCCGCCGCAGCAUCCGUUCUCGCGGAACGGUGCCUCGCCCUUUGGCCGCCCGUCGUUCCCCCAGACGCCCACAACCACGUCCUCGCAGCCGCCGUAUCCGCCCGCUGCCUCGCAUCCUCCGGCGACCGCCGGUCCCUAUACCGAUGUGCACGCGCGCAAACCAUCCGAUCCGUCGUCCUAUUACUCCUCGACUCGGCAAUACCCGCCCGAACACGGGCCAAGUCCGAUGCCGACCUCAACACAUUCUCGGCAUCAGAGCUCGUCGUCCAUCACAUCUGCCACCGCCAUGACUCGCGGCAUGCCGCCACCCAACUCACCGCCCCAGCAACAACAGCAGGGCCAGAGCCAUCAGUUGGGCGGGCCGUACAGCUUGCCACAGCCGCGCCCGCCGCCGUACACCCCAGGCCCGCCCUCAACUACGCCCGGUUCGUCUUACAGCCAAGCCAUGCACGCGUCCCCACGACCGCAACCGACGACGGUAUCCGAGUACAAUGCAUUCCGGCGACCGCAGACCCCAGACCACCACCGCAUAUACGAAAACCGAGAUCCGAGAGCCGCGUCGGUUGCCUCUCCUCCCGCAUACCACUCGACACCCGAGCUACAACGGUACGGCACCCCGCAGGCUUACCCGCAGCGGGGCCCUCCGCUGCCACCGGCUGAACAAUCGAGGGAAUCGGGGCGGUUGUCGGCCAGCUCUGUCGGCCCUAGGCCGUUGAGCCCGCCUAGGCAAUACGUAAACGCCCCCCCGCCUCGGCCGGUUGAAGCCGGGAGGCCGCCGGACAUGUACGGACACAGGGAAGAGAUCCGGCCUUCGGAGGAAUACAACCCCGAACGGCCUAUCAGGGUAAUGAAAUAUGAGGAGCAGAGGUACAUGUCCGAUAGGGAGCGUCAGGAACGGGAACGCCAAGAGAGGGAGAUGGAGAUGCGCGAAAGGGAGUCUCGCGAGCGAGAGCUCCGCGAGCGAGAACUUCGCGAAAGCCAGCGUCAGGAACUGGGCAUGGCCGGGCUGCAUCCAAACGAAUACCAGCGGCAAGCGGAGCAGCGCGCACAACAGUACGGCCGCCCUCCGGACCCGAGAGACUGGACGAGACCCGGGUACGAGCCGUCACGGGGCCCCUAUGAUCCCGCCAUACACCCUUCAAGGCAUCAAGACUACCCACCCCAUACGGCACCUCACUAUAACGGACCUCACUCCUACUCGUCGGGACCCGCGGAUCGUCAUCACCCCGGUUCGCACCCGCAUCAUCAGCACAGCCUCCCCCCGCCUGGGCCGGCACACCCGCAGUCAUACGAGUCUCCGGACCGGCAGCGCAUAAAUGCGAUGCACAUGGAUCGCGCUCAGCCACAGCAGCCUCCGCCGCGCACUCGAGAGGAGGCGGCCGUCCCUCCUCCGUCUGUUGCCUACGGCGGCAUGGGGCCGUCGCUGUACGAUCCGCCGCGGAAUAGGAGCAUAGAGGAGGUGGGGACUCCCCAUAGCCAGCAACGAAACCUGCUGGGAGUGCACGAGAUUAACCGCAGGGGGCGGGUUUCCCCGCUCCCGCAGGCGGUGCAAGGAGCCCAGCAGCAGCCCACGGGCCCGACCGGCGAACCGGGCAUCAAGACCGAGUUUGGCCGCAUGUUCUCCGGUAUAGGGACCGGGGUCGGCACUAUCUCGAGCCCCGUGGCCACUGGCGCGCACCCCGCAUAUGGCAGCAGCUCUGGUAUGCUUCGCCGCGACGACAUGGACGGGUCCCAAGACACGUCGGUAGAUUUGGCCAAGGCGGGAGGCCGCGGAAAGCGGAGGAAGCUCAAAGAGGAGGACGAAGAGGUCAAUAACGGUCGGCUGACGCCUGUCGGAGGGCGGGCAAAGAAGCCAAAGGCCCACCACCAUCAUCACCAUCACCACCAUCACCAUCACCAUAACCUGGAGCAGGUGCCGUCCCCGGCGCUGGCAGGUAAUACGCCUUUCAGGAGUGUCAAGGGAUCAACCCCCGUUCCUUCGCCGACGGGUCACGCAAAGGACCUGCCGGGCGGGCACCACCACCACCAUCACCAUCACCACGCGAACCUCCGUCCCCAGCCGAAUACCAGGCCCGUUCCCCCCCCUCGGAGUCCCUCUCCUGUCAUCCUUCCGAAACCGAGACAGUUUGUGUCAUCCAGGGCCGUCCUGGAGAGCGUGGCCGAUCGGCCGCGGAUUCACCUCGGCGAUGUCGUGUACGAGCCGAUGCUCAAGCGAGCCCGAUUACAGGACCCACGCACCGGCCGGCCUCCCCGCAGCGGUUUCAAAUCGACGCCGAAGCCGUUGCCAUGGGAUCUCAUCAAGGGCAAAGAGAACUGCACGCUGACCAUGAAGAUCGGCAAGGAACAUCUGGUACCGGCCGCGCGAGAAGAAAUCACGUCGAGGCGGGCACUCUGGGGCACGGAUGUGUACACGGACGAUUCCGACGUCAUUGCCGCCUGCAUCCACGCCGGCUGGAUCCGGGGCGAGUGGCCCGAGGACGUGGACGUCAGCAUGCUCGGGCUGGACGAAGGGUAUAGCGUGUCGGAUGUCGGCGACCUGCUCCACGCCAGCGGGACGGACGGCAAAGGCAGCAGGUCGUCUUCCUCUCAGCAGUCAAGCUCGUCCUCCGUGACCGUCUUGAACGAACCGCCCAAGACGGGCCCGAUGCCGGUGCCCGAGAACCGCGACCUCCACGUCACCCUGCUCAUCCUGCCGCGGCUGGAAAGGUACGCCUCGACGACGCGGUUCGGCAUCAAGUCGCGCGAGUUUGGCGGCCCGAUCGGCGGCGAGGACUCCCAGCAGCGCGCGGUCCACGACGGGAUCAGCUUCAUGGUGAUUGGGCUGCGGUGGGUGACCAACGGUGGCGCGUCCCAGAGCCGGCUGCGGGGCAAGGCCCGGCGCGAGAGGAUCCGCAAGGCGCUGGAAGAGGUGGCCAUGACGCCUGCGUGGAUCAGCCGGCCCGUCAACGGAGCCGCGUCCGGCAACGGCGCCGACGCGGAGAGGGAGGUGGGGCUCGGGUGGUGGAAGCAGAAUGCCAGCAAACCGCCGAGCGAGGGCGAUAAAGAGAAUAUGAACCGGGCGGAGGAGCCGCCGCAGGCGCCGGAAAAGGCAGAAAAGGAUGGGAAGAAAGAUGAUGACGACAAGGACAUUCGAGAGACCCACGAAGAAGAUUCCGCGGCCCAAGAAAAAGCGGACAUUCGAGCAGUUGACGACCACCAGGAAGACAAGAAUGAGUCUCCCGGCAAGAAAGAUACUGAGGAGGCCGAGGAGGAGGAGCAGGCCGGUACCGAGCCAGCCAAGGACGCCAAUGCCGCAGCACCCGGUGCGGAUAAGGAGGCUGAACAAGUCCCGAACACGGACAGGGUUGCCGAGGAGGAACCAGAACGCAAGGAGUCUGGUGCCGAGAAAGACGAGACUGUCCAGAGCAGAGUGGAGGAGGUAGAGGGACAAGAGCCGCAAGACGCUCAGCGGCAGGAUGAGAAGGCAGCGGAGGAGUGA